ACGGUUUGCAAUUCAAGCAGUCAAAGAAGAGAAAAACGUCGUUCAUUAUACAUCGUAACGUGAACUACUGAAGUGCUAACAUAGAAAAGUUAUAAACUCAGUUGUGAAGAUAAAAAAUAAAAUAAAAUAAAACUUGGGUGGAAAGCUUGUAAAAUGAGGUGCUUCAAAAUCAUUGCGAUAAUUUCUGUGAUACAAAUCAAGAUUGGCAUGAAUAUACUUUUCAUCUAUUUAUACAUUCAGCCGCUCAUUAUGGAGAGCGGCGCAACGAUGCCGGCCAACUCAUUCAUUGACGCACUCAUAAAUCCAUUCGUUAAUUUAUUCGCUUAUGUUGGGCUUCCGGUACAAAAACGCGAGUUAUAUCCAUUUAGCGAUCAAGAAAUUCCGGCGAAUGUUCAAGAAGUAAGCAAUUUUGAGCCCGAAACUCCGGCUAAAGUUGUGGAAAUUGUUGAUCCAAACGCUAAUUUGAAUUAUAAACCAUGGUUUAAUCCAAUCGAACAUAUUGAGUGUGGACCAGAAAUUCCAAUUGUAUUAGUUGAUAAAGGCAAACAAAUCGUUAUAAUGAGAUCGUUCCGAAUGACUUCCCUGAAUGACUUUCAAUGGGAACGGUAUAAGAAAGUUUCGGAAAUGAGAAUUCCAUCCGAUUAUGGAUAUGACAGAACACUAGAACAGCUGCUGGUGGAAGUGUCUCAAAGAAAGGAACCCAAUGCACCGCUACGCUUUCGACCAGUACCAAUUAUAGUUCAAGGUGGACAUGAUGCGACGAACGCAAAACCAGUCACAAAUCAGCAAAUCAAUAAUGUAACUCAGUCUCAAGUCAAUCCAAACACAUGCAAUCCAUGCGAAGGCGAGAGUAUUAAAACAAGGCCGAACUUCCCAGUUUAUGCAUCCAAGCUCUAUGAUUUGAGGCGUUUGUCAACGAUAGGCCUACUAAAUGCUUCUUCAUUCAAAAUAAACUAAGAAAUUUGAAUAAAGAGUUGCAUCAUACUUUUGAAUGUUCCAUUUAUUUUCGUCAACAAUAAAAUAUAUGUGCAUAGCAAUAGCUUUGAUAUG